AUGGAAGAGAGUUUAUUAGCAGAAGAGAAAAGAAAAUCAGAAACUCCAUCUCUAACAUGGGUUACUUUCAGUGGUGAGCUCAAGAGGUUGGGACUCUUGGCUGGUCCUAUGGUAGCGGUGACUCUAUCACAGUACAUGUUGCAGGUCAUUUCAAUAAUGAUGGUGGGUCAUCUGAUGGUGGGUCAUCUGGGUGAACUUGCUCUCUCUAGCACUGCUAUAGCCAUCUCUCUUUGUGGAGUCACCGGCUUCAGUCUUCUUUUAGGAAUGGCAAGUGCACUGGAAACUCUAUGUGGGCAAGCUUAUGGAGCUCAGCAAUAUCGGAAAAUUGGUGUUCAAACUUACACUGCUAUAUUUUCUCUGAUCCUAGUCUGUCUUCCUCUAUCUUGGAUAUGGAUCAACACGGAAAAGUUACUAAGUUUUAUAGGCCAAGACCCUCUAAUUUCUCAUGAAGCUGGAAAAUUCACAACUAUGCUUGUUCCUGCACUCUUUGCUCAUGCAACACUUCAACCGCUCAUUAGAUACUUUCUGACACAGGGUCUGGUCAUGCCAAUGCUUAUAGGCUCUUUUGCCACCCUAUGUUUUCACAUACCUUUAUGUUGGGCUUUAGUAUUCAAGUCUGGAAUGGAAAACCUAGGAGCAGCUUUAGCUCUUAGUAUUUCAUAUUGGUUUAAUGUGAUUUUGCUUGCAUUAUACAUGAAGUACUCUCCUGCUUGCGCAAAAACCCAUGCUCCAAUUUCUAUGGAGCUCUUUGAAGGAAUUGGGGAGUUUUUUCGCUUUGCUAUCCCUUCUGCUAUAAUGGUUUGCCUCGAGUGGUGGUCUUUUGAGCUUCUUGUACUAUUGUCUGGGCUUUUACCCAAGCCAGAACUUGAAACUUCAGUUCUUUCUGUAUGUCUCAGUACCAGCACUACACUCUAUACAAUACCUUAUGGAUUUGGUUCUGCUGCAAGUACUAGAGUUUCAAAUGAGUUAGGAGCUGGGAGCCCACAAGUUGUUCGUGUAGUUAUCUUUGCUGUGUUGUUUCUUGCACUUAUGGAGAGCAGUUUAGUAAGCACAAUCCUUAUAGCAAGCCGGCGAGUUUUUGGUUAUGCUUUUAGCAAUGAGAAGGAAGUUGUGGAUUAUGUCACAACCAUGGCUCCUCAGAUUUCUUUAUCUGUUUUAUUGGACAGCUUACAAGGGGUCCUUUCAGGUAUUGCUAGAGGAUCUGGGCGGCAGCAUAUAGGGGCUUAUGUCAACUUGGGGGCAUUCUAUCUUUGUGGAAUUCCAGUUGCUACAGUAUUGGGUUUCUUGGCAAAGUUAAGAGGAAGGGGCCUUUGGAUUGGAAUACAAGCUGGUUCUUUUGUUCAGACACUUAUGCUCUCUAUUAUAACAAGUUGUACAAAUUGGGAGAAACAGGCAAGCAUGGCAAGGGAGAGGGUAUUUAAAAGGAAACUUCCAAUAGAUAAUGAUGUGAAUGAGCAGAGAACCAAGUACAAGUGGAAGCUAAGGGAACAAGUGAUGCAACUGAAGUUAAUUUCUAGGUGGCCGAAGAUACAGCAGCUGAAGAUAAAUGCCUCAAAUGUUUCGUAUUUGAAUUAA